GACAACCCUGCGGCUUGGCGGUCGGCCCGGGACAGCAAUGGUGGGGAGCUGUGGGCGCACCUGCGCCGUGUGGUCCCGGAGGCGGCGCGGUGCCUGCGCUCCCGGCGGCAGUUGACGGGACGGCACUUUGCAGCGGCUGACAUCGUUGAUGACGUCAUCGACUGGGUGGAGCGUAGACUGGCACACCACUCGGUCUGA